GGGAGGAGGCGGCGGCGGCGGCUAGCGAGGAGACAGAGCUGGGUCCUGCAGUAGGACUCCCGGGAGCCACCAUCAUGGUGAAGAGGAAGAGCUCCGAGGGCCAGGAGCAGGACGGCGGCCGUGGCAUCCCCCUGCCCAUCCAGACCUUCCUGUGGCGGCAAACCAGUGCAUUUUUGAGGCCAAAACUGGGGAAGCAAUAUGAAGCUUCUUGUGUGUCCUUUGAACGAGUGUUGGUAGAAAACAAGCUGCAUGGCCUCUCUCCAGCUCUUUCUGAAGCCAUUCAGAGCAUUUCCAGAUGGGAACUGGUGCAAGCUGCUUUGCCUCAUGUCCUCCACUGCACUGCAACCCUGCUUUCAAACCGAAACAAGCUAGGCCACCAGGAUAAAUUGGGUGUUGCUGAGACAAAGCUCCUUCACACUCUACACUGGAUGCUUCUGGAGGCCCCCCAGGACUGCAACAAUGAGCGAUUUGGGGGUACAGACCGAGGCUCCAGCUGGGGUGGAAGCAGCAGUGCUUUCAUCCACCAGGUUGAAAACCAGGGUUCUCCAGGGCAGCCUUGCCAAAGCAGCUCUAAUGACGAAGAAGAGAACAACCGAAGAAAGAUCUUCCAGAACUCCAUGGCUACCGUGGAGCUCUUCGUGUUUCUGUUUGCUCCCCUGGUACACAGGAUCAAGGAAUCUGACCUCACCUUCCGUCUGGCCAGUGGGCUUGUCAUAUGGCAGCCCAUGUGGGAACACAGACAGCCCGAAGUCUCUGGCUUCACCGCACUGGUGAAGCCCAUCAGGAACAUCAUUACAGCUAAGAGAAGUUCUCCUAUCAACAGUCAAAGCCGGACCUGUGAAUCACCAAAUCAAGAUGCAAGACACUUAGAGGGACUCCAGGUGGUUUGUGAAACAUUCCAGUCAGAUUCCAUCUCACCCAAGGCCACCAUUUCAGGCUGCCACCGAGGAAACUCCUUUGAUGGAAGUCUGUCCUCCCAAACUUCCCAGGAAAGAGGCCCAUCACAUUCCAGGGCCUCUCUUGUGAUACCUCCAUGCCAAAGGUCCCGCUAUGCCACCUACUUUGACGUUGCUGUUCUGCGCUGCCUACUUCAGCCCCAUUGGUCUGAGGAAGGCACUCAGUGGUCUCUGAUGUACUAUCUACAAAGGCUGCGACAUAUGUUGGAAGAGAAGCCAGAAAAGCCUCCAGAGCCAGAUAUUCCUCUCCUGCCCAGACCCAGGAGUAGCUCCAUGGUGGCGGCAGCUCCCUCACUAGUGAACACCCACAAAACGCAAGAUCUCACCAUGAAGUGUAAUGAGGAGGAAAAAUCUCUUAGCUCUGAGGCCUUUUCCAAAGUUUCACUGACCAAUCUGCGUAGGUCUGCAGUCCCAGAUCUUUCUUCAGACCUGGGCAUGAAUAUUUUUAAAAAGUUCAAGAGUCGCAAAGAAGACCGAGAGAGGAAAGGCUCCAUUCCAUUCCACCACACAGGCAAGAGGAGGCCACGGAGAAUGGGAGUGCCCUUUCUGCUUCACGAGGACCACCUGGAUGUGUCCCCCACGCGCAGCGCAUUCUCCUUUGGAAGUUUCUCUGGGCUGGGAGAAGACAGGCGAGGAAUUGAGAAAGGAGGCUGGCAAACCACCAUUUUAGGGAAAUUGACCCGGCGAGGCAGUUCAGAUGCAGCCACUGAGAUGGAGAGUCUGAGUGCCAGGCAUUCCCACUCCCAUCACACCCUGGUAAGCGACCUGCCGGACCCCUCCAACAGCCAUGGAGAAAACACCGUCAAGGAAGUGCGAUCUCAGAUCUCCACCAUCACAGUUGCGACCUUCAAUACCACUUUGGCGUCAUUUAACGUAGGCUACGCAGACUUUUUCAAUGAGCAUAUGAGGAAACUCUGCAACCAGGUGCCUAUCCCGGAGAUGCCACAUGAACCUCUGGCAUGUGCUAACCUACCUCGAAGCCUCACAGACUCCUGCAUAAACUACAGCUACCUAGAGGACACAGAACAUAUUGAUGGGACCAAUAACUUUGUCCACAAGAAUGGAAUGCUUGAUCUUUCUGUAGUUCUGAAGGCUGUUUAUCUUGUCCUUAAUCAUGACAUCAGCUCUCGUAUCUGUGACGUGGCGCUAAAUAUUGUGGAAUGCUUGCUUCAACUUGGUGUGGUGCCCUGUGUAGAAAAGAAUAGAAAGAAGAGUGAAAACAAGGAAAAUGAAACUUUGGAAAAGAGACCAAGUGAGGGAGCUUUCCAGUUCAAAGGAGUAUCUGGAAGUUCUACCUGUGGAUUUGGAGGCCCUGCUGUUAGUGGAGCUGGAGAUGGCGGAGGAGAAGAAGGAGGAGGUGGAGAUGGAGGAGGCGGAGGAGGUGAUGGAGGAGGAGGUGGAGGAGGUGGAGGUGGCCCUUAUGAGAAGAAUGAUAAGAACCAAGAGAAGGAUGAAAGUAUACCUGUAAGCAACCAUAGGCUUGCUCUAACAAUGCUCAUCAAAAUAGUGAAGUCUUUGGGAUGUGCCUAUGGUUGUGGAGAAGGACAUCGAGGGCUCUCUGGAGAUCGUCUGAGACACCAGGUAUUCCGAGAGAAUGCCCAGAACUGCCUCACUAAGCUAUACAAGCUAGAUAAGAUGCAGUUCCGACAAACCAUGAGGGACUAUGUGAACAAGGACUCUCUCAAUAAUGUAGUGGACUUCUUGCAUGCUUUGCUAGGAUUUUGUAUGGAGCCAGUCACUGACAACAAGGCUGGGUUUGGAAAUAACUUCACUACAGUGGACAACAAAUCCACAGCCCAAAAUGUGGAAGGCAUUAUCGUCAGUGCCAUGUUUAAAUCCCUCAUCACACGCUGCGCUUCAACCACACAUGAAUUGCACAGCCCUGAGAAUCUGGGACUGUAUUGUGACAUUCGUCAGCUGGUCCAGUUUAUCAAAGAGGCUCACGGGAAUGUCUUCAGGAGAGUGGCCCUCAGCGCUUUGCUUGAUAGUGCGGAGAAGUUAGCACCAGGGAAGAAGGUGGAGGAGAAUGAACAGGAAUCUAAGCCUGCAGGCAGUAAAAGGUCAGAGGCGGGAAGCAUUGUGGAUAAAGGCCAGGUAUCCUCUGCACCUGAGGAAUGUCGCAGCUUCAUGUCCGGUCGCCCCUCACAGACUCCAGAGCAUGAUGAGCAAAUGCAAGGAGCCAACCUGGGGCGGAAAGAUUUCUGGCGUAAGAUGUUCAAGUCCCAAAGUGCAGCAAGUGACACCAGCAGCCAGUCUGAGCAGGACACUUCAGAAUGCACCACUGCCCACUCAGGGACCACCUCUGACCGACGUGCCCGCUCACGAUCCCGCAGAAUUUCCCUCCGAAAGAAACUUAAACUCCCCAUAGGUAAAAGGAACUGGCUGAAAAGAUCAUCCCUCUCAGGCCUGGCAGAUGGUGUGGAGGACCUCCUAGACAUUAGCUCUGUGGACCGACUCUCUUUCAUCAGACAAAGCUCCAAGGUCAAAUUCACCAGUGCUGUGAAGCUUUCUGAAGGUGGGCCAGGAAGUGGAAUGGAAAAUGGAAGAGAUGAAGAGGAGAAUUUCUUCAAGCGUCUUGGUUGCCACAGUUUUGAUGAUCAUCUCUCUCCCAACCAAGAUGGUGGAAAAAGCAAAAACGUGGUGAAUCUUGGAGCAAUCCGACAAGGCAUGAAACGCUUCCAAUUUCUCUUGAACUGCUGUGAGCCAGGGACCAUUCCUGAUGCCUCCAUCCUAGCAGCCGCCUUGGAUCUAGAAGCACCUGUGGUGGCCAGAGCAGCCUUGUUCCUGGAAUGUGCUCGUUUUGUUCACCGCUGCAAUCGUGGCAACUGGCCAGAGUGGAUGAAAGGGCACCAUGUGAACAUCACCAAGAAAGGCCUUUCCCGGGGACGCUCUCCCAUUGUGGGCAACAAGCGAAACCAGAAGCUGCAGUGGAAUGCGGCCAAGCUCUUCUACCAAUGGGGAGAUGCAAUUGGCGUCCGAUUGAAUGAGCUGUGCCAUGGGGAAAGUGAGAGCCCAGCCAACCUUCUGGGUCUCAUUUACGAUGAGGAGACCAAGAGGCGACUUAGAAAGGAGGAUGAGGAGGAAGACUUUUUAGAUGACAGUACUGUGAACCCCUCUAAAUGCUGUUGCCCCUUUGCCUUGAAGAUGGCAGCAUGUCAGCUUCUUCUGGAGAUUACCACCUUCCUGCGAGAGACCUUUUCUUGCCUGCCCAGACCUCGCACUGAGCCUAUGGUGGACUUGGAGAGCUGCAGACUUCGUUUGGAUCCCGAGUUGGAUCGGCACAGAUAUGAGAGGAAGAUCAGUUUUGCUGGGGUCCUGGACGAAAACGAAGACUCGAAAGAUUCUCUCCACAGCAGCAGCCACACUCUCAAAUCAGAUGCAGGAGUCGAGGAGAAGAAAGAAGGGAGUCCUUGGAGUGCAAGCGAGCCCAGCAUCGAGCCAGAGGGAAUGAGUAAUGCCGGCACGGAGGAGAAUUACCACAGAAACAUGUCAUGGCUUCAUGUGAUGAUCUUGCUGUGCAAUCAGCAGAGUUUCAUCUGCACUCACGUUGACUACUGCCAUCCCCACUGCUACCUGCACCACAGCCGCUCCUGUGCCCGACUGGUCAGAGCCAUUAAGCUACUCUAUGGAGACAGUGUGGACUCUCUGAGGGAAAGCAGCAACAUCAGCAAUGUGGCUCUCCGGGGCAAGAAACAGAAAGAAUGCUCAGAUAAGUCAUGCCUGAGGACACCUUCUCUAAAGAAGAGAGUUUCAGAUGCCAAUCUGGAAGGAAAAAAAGAUUCCGGAAUGCUGAAGUACAUCAGACUUCAGGUGAUGAGCUUGUCGCCUGCUCCCUUAUCUCUGUUAAUCAAGGCAGCACCAGUUCUGACAGAGGAGAUGUAUGGAGACAUCCAGCCAGCUGCCUGGGAGCUCCUGCUCAGCAUGGAUGAACACAUGGCAGGGGCAGCAGCUGCCAUGUUCCUGCUGUGUGCAGUGAAGGUGCCUGAGGCCGUGUCCGACAUGCUGAUGUCAGAGUUCCAACACCCAGAGACUGUGCAGAGGCUGAACGCUGUCCUCAAGUUCCACACGCUCUGGAGGUUUCGCUAUCAGGUCUGGCCCCGGAUGGAGGAAGGAGCACAGCAGAUUUUUAAGAUUCCGCCUCCCAGUAUCAAUUUCACCCUUCCCUCGCCGGUGCUUGGAAUGCCAUCUGUCCCAAUGUUUGACCCUCCCUGGGUUCCUCAGUGCAGCGGGAGUGUCCAGGACCCCAUUAAUGAAGACCAGUCUAAAUCCUUUUCAGCCCGGGCUGUGUCCCGCUCCCAUCAAAGGGCAGAACACAUCUUAAAGAACUUGCAGCAGGAGGAAGAAAAGAAACGUCUUGGUCGAGAAGCCAGCCUCAUCACCGCCAUCCCCAUCACCCAGGAGGCUUGCUAUGAGCCCACAUGCACGCCCAGCUCAGAGCCGGAAGAAGAAGUAGAAGAAGUCACCAAUCUGGCAUCCCGUCGACUGUCUGUGAGUCCAUCCUGCACCUCCAGCACUUCCCACAGGAAUUAUUCCUUCCGCCGCGGGUCAGUCUGGUCAGUGCGUUCAGCCGUCAGUGCUGAAGAUGAGGAACAUACCACUGAACACACGCCAAACCACCAUGUGCCUCAGCCCCCACAAGCAGUGUUCCCAGCAUGCAUCUGUGCAGCAGUACUUCCCAUUGUUCAUCUGAUGGAGGAUGGUGAGGUGCGGGAAGAUGGAGUAGCAGUGAGUGCUGUGGCUCAACAAGUCUUAUGGAACUGUCUAAUUGAAGAUCCAUCAACGGUUCUUCGACAUUUUCUGGAAAAACUGACCAUCAGCAAUAGACAAGAUGAGUUAAUGUACAUGCUGCGCAAACUUCUCUUGAAUAUUGGAGACUUUCCUGCUCAGACAUCUCACAUCCUAUUCAACUAUUUGGUAGGAUUAAUCAUGUACUUUGUGCGGACCCCCUGCGAGUGGGGGAUGGAUGCCAUUUCAGCCACUCUGACAUUCCUGUGGGAGGUGGUGGGUUACGUGGAGGGCCUCUUCUUCAAGGAUCUCAAGCAGACAAUGAAGAAGGAGCAGUGCGAGGUGAAGCUCCUGGUGACCGCUUCAAUGCCAGGUACUAAAACCUUGGUAGUUCAUGGACAGAAUGAGUGCGAUAUCCCAACCCAGUUACCAGUCCAUGAAGACACUCAGUUUGAAGCCCUGUUGAAGGAGUGUCUGGAGUUUUUUAACAUCCCAGAAUCCCAGUCAACACAUUAUUUUCUUAUGGAUAAACGAUGGAACCUUAUCCACUACAAUAAGACCUAUGUUCGAGAUAUUUAUCCUUUCCGGAGGUCGGUGUCUCCCCAGCUGAACCUUGUACAUAUGCAUCCGGAGAAGGGACAGGAACUCAUUCAGAAACAGGUGUUCACCCGGAAGCUGGAAGAAGUAGGGCGGGUAUUGUUUCUCAUCUCCCUAACCCAGAAGAUCCCCACAGCCCACAAACAGUCCCAUGUCUCCAUGCUUCAGGAAGACCUCCUCCGCCUGCCCUCAUUCCCUCGAAGUGCUAUUGAUGCUGAGUUUUCACUCUUCAGUGAUCCUCAAGCUGGAAAGGAACUGUUUGGCCUCGACACUCUUCAGAAAAGCUUGUGGAUCCAGCUCCUGGAGGAAAUGUUCCUGGGCAUGCCGAGCGAGUUUCCAUGGGGAGACGAAAUCAUGCUUUUCCUCAAUGUUUUUAACGGGGCUCUGAUCCUCCACCCAGAAGACAGUGCCCUGCUCAGGCAGUACGCUGCCACCGUCAUCAAUACCGCGGUGCACUUCAACCACCUCUUCUCUCUCAGCGGCUACCAGUGGAUUCUCCCCACCAUGCUGCAGGUGUACUCUGACUAUGAAAGCAAUCCCCAGCUGCGUCAAGCCAUCGAAUUUGCCUGUCACCAGUUCUAUAUUCUACACCGGAAACCCUUUGUGCUCCAGCUGUUUGCUAGUGUGGCCCCUCUCUUGGAAUUUCCUGAUGCUGCCAAUAAUGGGCCCAGCAAAGGUGUGUCAGCUCAGUGCCUGUUUGACUUGCUGCAGUCCCUAGAGGGAGAGACCACCGACAUAUUAGACAUCUUAGAACUGGUCAAAGCUGAGAAGCCUCUUAAGUCAUUAGAUUUCUGCUAUGGAAACGAAGAUCUGACAUUUUCUAUCAGUGAAGCCAUUAAGCUCUGUGUCACUGUGGUGGCAUAUGCUCCUGAAUCAUUCAGAAGUCUUCAGAUGCUGAUGGUCUUGGAAGCCUUAGUUCCAUGUUACCUACAAAAGCUAAAGAGGCAGACAUCACAGGUGGAGACAGUACCUGCUGCCCGAGAGGAGAUUGCAGCCACUGCUGCUCUUGCGACGUCCCUACAGGCCCUUUUAUACAGUGUAGAGGUCCUCACCAGGCCCAUGACAGCCCCACAGAUGAGCAGGUGUGACCAAGGUCAUAAGGGAACCACCACAGCCAAUCACACCAUGUCGUCUGGGGUGAACACCAGGUACCAGGAACAAGGAGCCAAACUGCACUUUAUCAGGGAAAACCUUCAUUUACUGGAGGAAGGGCAAGGCCUUCCCAGAGAGGAACUGGAUGAACGAAUUGCUCGGGAAGAGUUCAGAAGACCCCGGGAGUCCUUACUGAAUAUUUGCACAGAGUUCUAUAAGCACUGUGGGCCGCGGCUGAAGAUCUUGCAAAAUCUGGCUGGGGAGCCUCGGGUCACUGCCCUGGAAUUGCUGGAUGUGAAGUCUCACAUGAGGUUGGCAGAAAUUGCACACUCCCUUCUGAAGCUGGCACCAUAUGACACUCAGACAAUGGAGAGUCGUGGGCUUCGGCGCUACAUCAUGGAGAUGCUACCCAUUACCGACUGGACAGCUGAGGCAGUGAGGCCAGCCCUCAUCCUCAUUUUAAAAAGAUUGGAUAGAAUGUUCAACAAAAUUCAUAAGAUGCCUACUUUGAGGCGACAGGUUGAGUGGGAGCCUGCCAGCAAUUUGAUUGAAGGGGUUUGUUUGACACUUCAGAGGCAGCCAAUCAUAUCCUUCCUGCCUCACCUUAGGUCACUGAUCAAUGUCUGUGUCAAUCUGGUCAUGGGAGUGGUAGGACCUUCCAGUGUUGCUGACGGAUUACCCCUUCUUCAUCUCAGCCCUUAUCUCUCACCACCUCUACCCUUCAGCACAGCUGUUGUCCGGCUUGUAGCGUUGCAGAUACAGGCUUUAAAAGAAGAUUUUCCUUUAAGCCAUGUGAUCUCCCCAUUCACCAAUCAAGAGCGAAGGGAGGGGAUGCUUUUAAAUCUGCUCAUCCCAUUUGUGCUCACAGUAGGAUCUGGAAGCAAAGAUAGUCCCUGGCUGGAGCAGCCUGAGGUGCAGCUGCUGUUGCAGACGGUCAUCAAUGUGCUCCUGCCACCGCGGAUCAUCAGCACAUCUAGAAGCAAGAACUUCAUGUUAGAGAGCUCCCCAGCCCACUGCUCCACCCCUGGGGAUGCAGGGAAAGACUUGCGCAGGGAAGGGCUGGCUGAGUCCACCAGCCAAGCAGCAUACUUGGCGCUGAAGGUGAUUCUCGUCUGCUUUGAGAGGCAGCUCGGAAGCCAGUGGUACUGGCUGAGCCUCCAGGUGAAGGAAAUGGCUCUGCGGAAGGUGGGAGGCCUGGCCCUUUGGGACUUCCUCGACUUCAUCGUGCGGACCCGAAUACCCAUCUUUGUGCUUUUGCGCCCUUUCAUCCAGUGCAAGCUGCUGGCCCAACCAGCAGAGAAUCAUGAAGAGCUUUCUGCCCGGCAGCAUAUUGCCGACCAGCUGGAGCGGCGCUUCAUACCACGCCCUUUGUGUAAGAGCUCGCUCAUUGCUGAGUUCAACAGUGAACUAAAAAUUCUAAAAGAGGCAGUUCAUAGUGGAUCGGCCUACCAAGGCAAGACAUCCAUCAGUACCGUGGGCACCUCCACCUCUGCUUACCGCCUGAGCUUGGCCACCAUGUCCCGCUCUAACACAGGCACGGGCACUGUCUGGGAGCAGGAUAGUGAGCCAUCCCAGCAAGCUUCGCAGGACACCCUGAGUCGGACUGACGAGGAAGAUGAGGAAAAUGACUCUAUAAGCAUGCCCAGCGUGGUAAGUGAACAAGAAGCUUACCUCCUGAGUGCCAUUGGAAGGAGGCGAUUCUCCAGCCAUGUCUCCAGCAUGUCUGCACCUCAGGCUGAGGUGGGCAUGCUACCCAGCCAGAGUGAACCUAAUGUCCUCGAUGACUCCCAGGGCCUGGCCGCCGAGGGCAGCCUCUCUAGGGUGGCAAGUAUACAGAGUGAACCUGGUCAACAGAACCUCCUCGUUCAGCAGCCGCUGGGGAGGAAGAGGGGCCUGAGGCAGCUAAGACGUCCUCUACUAUCACGUCAGAAAACUCAGACUGAAUCCAGAAAUCGCCAUGGGGCUCGGCUGUCAACCACUCGCAGGAGCAUUCAACCUAAAACGAAGCCGUCUGCGGAUCAGAAACGAUCUGUGACCUUCAUUGAAGCUCAGCCAGAGCCACCAGCUGCCCCAACAGAUGCACUUCCUGCAACAGGCCAACUACAGGGCUGCAGCCCAGCCCCAUCUAGGAAACCAGAAGCAAUGGACGAACCAGUCCUCACAUCUUCUCCCGCCAUAGUUGUUGCGGAUCUCCACAGCCUGUCUCCCAAGCAGAGUGAGAACCUCCCCACUGAAGAAGGAGAAAAGAAGGAGGACACAGAAGCGCAAGGUGCUACUGCACACAGUCCACUCUCUACCCAACUCUCUGACCCUGAUGACUUCACAGGCCUCGAGACAUCCAGCCUCCUCCAGCAUGGAGACACUGUCCUUCACAUCAGUGAGGAAAAUGGCAUGGAGAACCCACUACUGUCUAGCCAGUUCACCUACACUCCCACUGAGCUGGGGAAAACGGAUGCAGUCUUAGAUGAGUCUCAUGUUUAAUUCUGUAUCUUGUAAGCUCUGCAGGUAUAGAGAAGACAUGAAAGUGAUCUUUCUACUACAAGUUCAAUACUUUUGCUUGAAAAAGAUUAAUUACAAAAUAGCACUUUACUUUUAAUGGGUGGCACAAAUCUGAAUAGGUUUUGCUGCCAAUAUACAUAAUGUUUCAUAAACAUUUUAAAAGUCAAUGGCUGAAAGGAUUUAGUUGUGCAAAAAUCAUAAAACCAGGGAGGAAUAAGGGGAAAGAGCCAUUUCACUGUACAUUGUUUAUGAUUCAAGAAGCCUUCAGCAGUUAAAAAUAUAUACUAUUCAGCACUGCUUUCAGAGAAAUAUUAAUAAUAGGAUCUAAAAAUAGAAUGCAAUUUUUUGAGAUUACUCACAUUAUACAUCUCAUGCAAAUAUUUAUUUUUAUAGUUUUAAAAAUAUUAAUUCAGGUUGGCUAUAUAAGUAGCAAUUUACAUUAAAAAAGUAAGAAAAACAUUACUUUGGGGAGACUAAAUAACAAAUAAGCCUACAGCCAUUUUUGUUUUGAUUAACAAUACAGCCAUUUAGAUGAAGGAAAAAAACUAUAUAGAGAGCUGUGGACUUUUAGAUAUUUAUUUUUCAACUACCACUUUCAUUGCAUGUUGUAAAUCAAAAUGCAAAUGGCAUAAGAUCAUCCCAUUUCAUAAUAUAUCACAUUAGAAUAUUAGAGAAUAUUCUAGAAAUCAUCAGAAAUAAUUCUGAAUUAAGAACCUGAACAGCCUAUACAAUUAUAAAAACCAAAUGUAAAUAUAAUCACUUAAAAGAGAUGGUAUUCCUAUUCCUAGCCCUGACUACAUCAAUAUCAAGAUUAGAAGAUACUGGAAAAUGUGAUUAGUAAUACUUUUCCUUACAGUAUCCUGUGCCUGCCCUGGAGGGCAUAUUUUCAAAUAUUAAAGUUAGUGUUGUUAGAAUCGGUUUAAUAAAAUAACAUUUUCUUAAUAGAAACAAUAUUCUUAUGAUACUUGGAACAUCUAAGUUUAUAAGGAAAAACAUAUAAAGUAAGCAAUUUCUUCAUAGACACCUCCAGUUUAUAUAUUUUACAAAUAGGCCUUUAACUUGAAGUUCAGUUACUUCAAGAAAAGUGUAACACUUAGAAGGCUUGUGAGGCCAACACCUAGUGUGUUACUGAUCCUAUAGCAGGGCUGUGCAUCAUGUGGUUCACAAUUGAAUUUCAAAAUUUUAGCAGUUUACAUUAGAAAACUGUUACCUAACAACUAAGCAUAUACAAACUCAUAUACAUACUUAAAUUGGUAUGGUGGUGUAUGUGUGCGUGCGUGUAUGUGUUUUAGUCCUCAAGAUGAAGUUAAAUAUAGACUUUGAUUACCCUGCAAUGAAUUUAAAAUACAUUCUGUAUGCUUAAACUUUGAGUGUGUUGGCUGUGAAAUGUGUAUGUAUAUAAAGAAGAUACCUACUAAACCCACCUUAAUCAUAAAGGAAAAUUAUUUUUUGUUAGAAUUGCUUAUUAAAUAGGCAUUGUUUAUAUUGUGGUUUAUAAUUUCAAAUAUAAUUUGGGGUUAUGGUCCUAUUCAGUAAGAGAAUGAAAGAUAUCCAUGAGUUAAAGAUAUAAGAACAAAACUAAAAAUUUCAAAUCUAACAAUUCAGAAAAUGGAGGCAGUAAAUGACCUCUUUUAUGUUUUACAAUAUUUUCAUGUUAUUUACAGUUAAUGCUGAAAUAAUUCUCAAGUGCAGGAAUAUAAAUGUUAAGUGGUUUUAUGAUUCCAAGCUGAUAUAUUUCACCUGUUAAAAAUUAUGCUGCUCAAUUAGCAUUAGAGGCCUUAUGUUUGGUAAUUACAAGUGUCUGGGCUAUUGUGCGUCUCUAUGUAUGUAUGUGCUUUGUUCCAGUUUCUUGAUUCAAAUUAUCUAUGUAUAAUUGUAUGAAAUAUUUAAAUAGCAAAGAAGUCAAAGAAGAUUGUUAAAUAUCCAACAAGAAUCAUAAAUACCUUUAUAUGUAUUUAAAAACUGUUGGGCUGUUUUGAACAUGAUUAUGCUGGUCUGUCUGCCUUUUAGCCUGACUCCUUCACUCUUGUGUGUGGAAGUCUAUUAGAAACUUUCAAUAAGCUAAGCAAUGUUGUAUCUUGCAAAAAAGCCUCCACUCUGAGAAACAGGGCCUUACAGAGUAGGAAUGUUUUCAUACUGGGACUAUUGAAAUUUUGCAGAUGUGUGCAUCUGUUCCAUUUAAGGUGCCCUUAAAUGUGUUGAAUGUAAUGUGUUGAAUGUUUAUGUGUAAUGGCUAAAGUAUCUAUAUGUAUGUGCAUAAAACUGUCACAAGAUGUAUUCUCAGGAAUACUGUUACCUGGAGUUUGAAAGGAAUAACUAUUAAAAAAAAAAGUUGGGGAAGAUUAGAAAAAAGUUCAAGAUAAAUAUUCAAAAUAUUAUUAAGUACAUGACUAAAAGCUAAUUACUACAUAUGAUAAAUACAGUGUUGGUAAUAGUAGAUCAUUUCUUUUAAGCCAUGAUGCUUAAUGAUAUUUAUCUUAUUCAGAGGAAAAACAAAAAAGGUACCCACUUCCCAUGUAGAAAAAAUUAGACUCCACAAACAAGUUGCUUCUUCUGAAAUUAACUUUUGAGAGACCUUGGAAUAAACCAUGUGUUAUCCAUGAUAGUAUGACUCAGAUGCAAUUAAAACAGUUUAAAUCCUGGAUAUAGGAUCUCCUAUAGCAAAACAUUUUACUUUCAUUUUUCAGUAUUUGCUGCUUUCUAGAUUUCUAUUAGAUAAGCUAUGUCAUUUUUCUGAAAAAGAAACUGAGUUAUUGAGUGCAUUAAGACAAGGCACUUAGAACUACAGUGUCAAAAUCAAAAGGCAUAAAUGGGCAUGGCAGUGCUGGUGGAAAAAUCUGUGGUACUAGUGAUCUGGUUAGGGCUUGUUGCACAGGCUGGGAGUAACUGGUUUGCUCUUUCAAGCCUCCAAGAGUACCUUAAACAAGGUGAUAGCUCCUCUCUUCUUUAGCAUUAUAUUCCUUUAGUCAACAAAGAACUUUCUCCACUCUGCUGCCCACCUCUGAGAGUAUCUAAGAUGAGAAUACAGGGAAGAAAGGGUCAUAAAUGAAUAGAAUUAUAGUCAAAAACAUGAAUUAAAUAUCCUUCCUCAAGUUAUAAAGGAUACUUUAAUAGAACAGUCUCCAGAAUUUGCUGCUAUCACACCAAGUCAUGCUGUUGCCCUAUGACCUCACUCUUCCAAUUCCAUGACCUUGUCUUGCUAGGGGGUAAAAAGUCCCAUUUCUUUUACUUUAGUGGGUUUCAACUGCAGCAUUUCAGAAACAAGUUUUGGUUUGACACUCAGGAGAAUAAAAACAAGUUGAGGGCAGAAUGUAUUUGGAAAAGCUUAAGACAAAUUUACUUAUAUUAUUUUAUGAUCAUUUAGGAUUACAGAUCAAUUUACCUCCAUAAAUCUUUGAAUAGUCACUGUGACCACAGGAUGAAAAUCCUGCAUUAGCCAUUUUAUAGGUUAAAACAAAAGAUUGACUACACAGCCGACUUCCCUCAGAUAACUAUAAAGUCUAUUAUGAACAUUGAAUGACCAAAGAACAUGGAAAAAAUACAUAUGAAUAAAUACUGAAAUGUUUAUGAAAGAUAUUUAUGAAAGAUAUUAAGACUUCUGUGUUUAGGUAUGCACAUAUAAUAAAAUACAUCUAAAAACAUUUAA